AUGGAGUGGUUGACGUGACUCAGGUUGAAUAGAAUCAGCAAUCUGUUAACGUGUCACAGAGAGAGAAUCAAAUGAAAAUGAAAAUGAAAUCAAAGGCAAAAGGAAUCUGCAGUUAACCAGAAGAGUAAGGAAUGAGCUCUGACGGCGGCGUUACCGUUAUCUUCGUCACAACAAACUCCGUUAUCGCUGUUAACCGACAGCAACAACUUCCAUCGUCUCCAUCGCUAUCAGAAUGGAUCAUCUCUUGAUCCGCAAGUUCCGCCACCGCUUACUUGCAUGGCUUCACCGAUCUCGUUCCGGUAGGGUGUUCUUUGUGAGGAGAAUUCCGUACAAGGAUGUUAAAAGGGCAACUGAUGGUUUCCAGAGAGUCAUUUAUAGCAACUCUGAGGUUACUGCAUAUGCUGCCAGGUUUGGUGAGGGUGGUGGUGGUGUGUUUUUGGUCAAGGAAGUGAAAGAUUUUGGUCAACAAAAUGAUGUUUUCUGCAGACAGAUUCAAUUCUUGGGGCGCUUGCAUCAUCGCCAUCUUCUCUCCCUCAAAGGGUUUUCUGUGGGAAAAGAUAAGAGACUGCUCAUAUUCGAUAACAUAGAGAAUGGAAGCUUAAAGGAGCAUCUCAAUGAUCCCUUGAAGACUCCCUUAAAUUGGAGGACCAGGUUGCAGAUUGCUAAUGAAGUUGUGGCAGCACUGGAAUACUUGUUUCUUUUCAGUGAUCCACCGGCAUAUCAUGUCUCCAUCAGCUCGAGCAAUAUUAUGUUAGAUGAGAACUUUGCAGCUAAACUAUCAGAUUUUGGCCUUCUUACUCCCAAUGCAAACUCUGUCAUGAUGCCGAAUUCAGGAGAUAGCAUGAAGCAGAAGAGUUGCAAGAUCAUAUUCCAACUCGGAGUGCUGAUACUGGAAUUGGUCACCGGCCAAUCUUCAGAGAUGGAAGGUUCAGAUUUAAUCCCAUGGAUCCAACAAUCCCGAUUUUACAAUUCCAUAGAUAAGAUGAUAGACCCUGAUCUUGGAAACAAUUAUGACUGUACGGAGCUUAAAAAUCUUCUAGCAGUGGCAAAAUUAUGUAUCAAAUCAAGGGACAAGGCUACAUUUACAAUCUCUCAGUUAUUUCGGUAUCUGCAAAGGAAGAUUGAUAUUUCCCAUGACAAGGUACGAUAGACAAUUUUUGUUUCUUUAAAAACCUUCGGGGUUUAUUGGGAGAAUAUUUGGCACUCCCUUGUGUGCAUUCCUUCACGUCUCUUGCCUCUUGGAGAGGUAGUUUGGGUUACUGGCUUACUGCGCCUGAUGCUCCUUUUGUUGAAAUUGAUCUCAGAAAUGAAAUGAUGCAAAUUCAUUAGUUGUAACUUCCAAGUGAUAAAAAAAUAGAUUGUCAAACUGUAAAUCUCACUAUCCUAAAAGGAACGAGAUGCGGUAGUCUCGUGUUUAUGAACAAGAAGCCGCCUAGAAUUGAUAUACACAGCAUUACAUAUGAGAAACAUUAGCGGUAACAUGGCGGGCGAAACAAUUGUCCUAUCCGAUUCGGAAGAAAACGGCAUCAGUAGCCAAGCUUCUAUCAAGAAAUGUCUGUAUCAUUUCCUAUCAACUAAACUAGAGAGUCGGAAACAUAGUCGAC